AGUUUGAUUGGUCUCCUUCAAAGUCAGGUCUAAGUUGGCCUUCACACAUCAGCCACAAAACUACAGUGCCUGGCAGACACGACAAGUAAACCCUCAUUAAAACAGUUCCACACGAAGAUGAUUUCUAAGGUCAAAACGUGGAGCCGUUCACCGCUGGUUCCGGCCAGAGAUCACGGGUCGGCGAUCCUUCCGCCGGCAGAUCGGCCGGAACCCAUUCCGGAACCGUGCGAGGAGAAGCCGGUGAUGGGCUGGCUGCUCGGCUGGGAGUACGGAAGGAAGUGGCUGGAGAGGCGCGAGGACAUCCAGAGGCACCGGAACAUGGUCAGCAAGUUCGGCAGGAUUCCGCCCGAUUUUGGCUGGUGGCUCAACCAGCGCAGACCGCUCUUUGUGCGCCAACAGCGAUACCGGACCAAGGCCGGACCUCGUCCCCGGAAGCAGAUCACAGCUUUCGAGGUAUCCAAGCAGAGGCGUGAGGCACAAAAUCGCAAGCUCAUGAAGAGUCAGGCAAAAUCUCAGUAGAAUGCCAGAAGAUAGAUUUUAUUGUGUGGCCUGGGCAUAAGUAUAGAGCCAUUACCCCUUACCCCAAAACUAGGACCAAAUUAAGAAGCCGAUUUCGACAUCGCAGAAAAUAUACAAUGCCAUUCGCAGUACAAACACUCCGUCCAGAUCAGUUCCUAAUAAAAUGAUAAUAUAUAAUAAAUAGUAUUAUUAUAAAUAAUACAAAUAAUACAUACAUAAAAAA